AUGCAAAACACCAACGAUUCUACAACUGUGGGUGAUACCCAUUCUACUGAUUCCUUUGAUCCAACUACUUACAAACAAAAAAUGAAUACAAUUUCGGAAGAACCAACAGUCAAGCCUGAAAUGGUUUUAAAGAACUUUGCAAAGUCGUAUGAAACACCCCCACCAGGUGGUUAUCAAAGAUUUAUUGCUGGUUUAGGUUCGUGUUUUGGUCAAUGUGGUAUGUUUUGCUUUUUAUGUGAAAAUCCAUACAAAGAGGUUGAUCAAGGUGAGGUUGGUUUAGUGCAAACUUUUGGUAGGUUAUCAAGGACAGUUGAGCCAGGUUUGAGUUAUGUCAAUACAUGGAGUGAAAGAUUGACCAGAGUUUCGAUCAAGAUCAAUAUUCGUGAAAUCCCAGCUCAGAAAUGUUUGACAAGAGAUAAUGUCUCGGUUGUUAUUACAUCGGUGGUUUACUACAACAUCAUCGACCCAAUGAAGGCUAUUUUUUCCAUUCAAAACAUUGACAAUGCUAUUAUUGAGAGAACACAAACCACCAUGAGAGAUGUUAUUGGUGGUAGAGUUUUGCAAGACGUUGUUGAAAAGAGGGAAGAAAUUGCUGAAUCAAUUGAGCAAAUUAUUGCCAAGACUGCAUUUGACUGGGGUGUCAAUAUCGAGUCCAUUUUGAUUAAGGACUUGACUUUACCAGACAAGGUUCAAGCUUCCUUAUCUAUGGCUGCUGAGGCCAAGAGAAUUGGUGAAGGUAAAAUCAUCAAUGCCAAGGCUGAAGUUGAAAGUGCCAAAUUAAUGAGAAAAGCUGCCGAUAUCUUGGCUUCUAAACCAGCUAUGCAAAUUAGAUACUUGGACGCUUUACAAAAUAUGGCCAAAUCACCAGGUACGAGAGUUAUUUUCAUGCCUUCAGCACAAGAAGUCGAGAAAAUGGCAGGAUCAAACAUUGGUGAUGUGUAUGUUGACAAAGGUAAAGGAAAACUUCAAGAUUUGGAGGAAGAUACUGACUGGGCUGGAUCCGAUCAUGAAAGAGUUGCUUCCCCCCAACGAAACAUCCCGGUGGGAAUAAACAACAACAGGCACAUUGCCGAUACUGUUGCUUUACAAGAAGCUAUGCACCAAUAA